CCUCCGCGAGGCCGAAUCUUGUGGUGUGGACUCUGCACUCUGGACUCGCGUCUAUAGGUCGACGACGAGCCCCGAGGCGAGCGCGGAAGCACGGAGCGAGUGAGGAGGGCGACGGACGAGUCUAAGUGCCAAGGGGCUGGUGGGAGACCGAUGUGCAGGGAUUUUCCAAGUGGGACAGGGAUUUAAGUGCAGCGUUUGUCAAGAUUGGAGCUGCACGUUUAGACAUUUAUAGGGCGGUGGAUCCGGCCGGUGUUAUAAUUUUGCGGAUCGAUAGGAAAGUUGGCUGAGUAGAUUAGAGUGGAGGGCGAGAGGUAGAUAUCGAAUCUGUUGUCGGAGUGGGGGCAGGCAGUGAAAGCAUUUCUUUGCAUUAGUUCAGUUUAUGGGUCGGACGAAGCCGGUUCCUAGUGCAUUCUGUUGGAGUUGUUGCUAGAGAUCUUGGAACUUCUGAGAGCAAUUCGUCCCAGGUCGUGCUCAAUUGGUCUACAGUCCUGCAGGUGCAGACGCAGGCCAGUUAUUAGAGACGGAUGCACGACUGGUGAGGCUGUGCAUGCUGUUGCGAUCGUCUCUGCGCCUUUCGCUGGUUGUUGAUAAGGGUGGACCUAUUGUCUUCACACUAGCGUUCUGAUCUCAAAUUGUCACCAUAUUACGGGAUACAAUGUCCGCCAAAAAGAAUGGAACAAAGGGUAACGAAGAAUCUAUGACACCUGCCGAGGAGCAGGCAAAGGUGAAAGAAUUGCGCACUUUGUUGGGUCCAUUGUCAGGUCGAAGUUUACUAUUCUGCACGGACGAUUGCCUUGCUCGUUAUCUGCGAGCCCGUAGUUGGCAUGUCAAGAAGGCCGACAAGAUGUUAAAAGAGGCAAUCAAGUGGAGAGCAUCAUACAAACCAGAAGAAGUUCGCUGGGAGGAAGUCUCAAAGGAGGCCGAAACGGGCAAGGUUUACAGAGCAAAUUUUGUAGAUAAGUUAGGCAGGUCUGUACUCGUGAUGCGACCUGGCAACCAGAAUACCACAGAUCACAAUGGACAAAUCAAGCAACUAGUCUACACCAUCGAGAAUGCAAUCAUCAAUUUACCUUCUGAUCAAGAGCAGAUGGUAUGGUUGAUCGACUUCAAAGGGUGGUCGAUGCGGAAAGCCGUACCUAUAGCAACAGCUAGGGAGACUGCGUACAUAUUGCAGACCAUGUAUCCCGAGAGAUUAAGUCUUGCCAUUCUUUACGAUCCGCCGAAGUUGUUCGAAACCUUCUGGGCUAUCGUCAAACCGUUUUUGGACCCCAAGACUUUCCGCAAAGUCAAGUUUGUUUACAGCAAAAGCGCAGACAGCUCAAAGAUAUUUCAAGACCUUUUCGACAUGGACAAAUUGGAAGCUUCAUUCGGCGGUCGCAGCACCAGCACUUUUGAUUGUGUCGAGUACGGUAAUCAGAUGAAGGAAGACGAUCUGAAGACGUCACGUUACUGGUCGUCAGAUCCGUUAACGAUGAAGCCUGAUUCUCAUACGAAUGGAAGUCCUACCACGAACGGAACACAUGCCACUCCAGACGCUGAAUCGGCUCCAACAGUUCUUGCGCAUUAGCUGCGCCGCGUUGAGUGAAAGAGCCUGUGCAGUGCAGCUUGUCGUACUUUGGUGGUCCUUCAACGAAGGAUGUGCCUUGAUGUGAUUGCACUAGGGGUCUUAACAAAUUUCUUCCUGCAAUCCCUUUAAGAGAGAGACAGAGAGCUCUAGGACGACAGUGCCCAUCUUCCUCACGACUUGGAACAAAGUUUUCCGCCUCUAAAGCUUCACAUAAUUUUAAGCAUAAGAGGGAGUGAUGCUGCAGGUGAUGCCUCUCCCCACCCACCACCCAACGCUGCAGUGCAAGAUCUUACGGAUGCUGGCUGAGCCUUCGUAAGAUCGGGAAGAGCUGGUCCAUGUAUAGAGUAGUAGCCUCAUAGGAUUGGUAUGGAGGGUAGACAAAUGGUAGCCUCUACUGUGCUUUCUCCAUUUUGUUGUAUCCUGAACGAUGGCGGAUAGCAGCCGUGGGACACUAGGUGGCUUGGUAGAAGUGCGCUACAGGUGGGGCUUGUCAUGAAAUGGUUUUAGUAGGUGUCGCUGGCCUGCUACCACCGGAGUGAGGCGCCGAAUCUACCAAAUUUUCUGGAACUAACAGGUAGACACUCGAGUAGACACGUAGUAGGAAUGUUAACGUAGCUACGUUAUCAAGUAGAUGAUAGAGGGGAGUAUUUGAAGAGGAAGUUUGCCAUGGAAUGUUGUGUAAGUUGCAGUCUCCCGUCAAGAGUCUUGGUCAUGUCAGUAGAUUUGAAGGAUUGGCGAGGCUUAUGCACACUUCCUUGACAAUUGUGUAAAAGUGUCGGUAUUAUACUGAAGAUAAUUUGAUCUUGAUGUGAUUCACGUCAGUUGCCAUUUGGGGUUCCAAAUAAAAGUUGAGCAUGUGUGGUUACCAAGGUUUUGUUGGUAGCCUAUUUCUCAUGCGGCGCAGGAAGCGUCAUCAAACUUCAAACCAC